UUAGCCGGCUGUGGAAGUUUAUUUUUGCCUUUCAUGUCUUGACGUCUGCAAUAACGAUCUGUCAAAUAAGUUGAAAAUUUUAAUAUUAAACACAAGUUAUUGAUUUAAAUUGUCAUCUUUUGCUCUGGUAUUUUGUAUUAAUAAGGUAAUGGAAGAAUACGAACAUCCAGAUACUUUGGAAGAAACUGCGCCCAAAAUUCUAACUGAUGGAAUCGAUACAGGAUUGGGCUUCCUCUCACAGUAUGGCUGGUAUCUGGCACUUGGUGUAUUGACUCUAAUCGCCUUUCGAACAAAGAUUGAAAAUGCACUUUAUGAUAUUUAUGAAGCCAGACAAAAACGACAGUAUGAAGAAAAAUGUAAAAAAGAUCCCGACUUCGCCAGACAACGACAGCAAGCCAUCGAAGCAGCGCGAAAGAAAAUGCAAGACGAACUAGACCGAAAAGCGAAAGAGGCCGCCGAAAAGCAGAAAGAAAGAGAGGAGAAGAAACGACAAGAGUUUCUGGAUAGCACCAAGGAUCAGGGAGGGAACAAACUGGGAAGUUCUGAUGACAAAGGAUCCUCCUCUUCCUCGAAGAAAUUGGCAAACAAACCUGAGUACUUUCCUCUGAUGGGGGGGUACUCUUCGGGGUACCGUGCCCCCCGCAGGAGCUGCUGUCCCAGUAGUGGGGGUUGCGGUUAAUUUGCUAAACUAUUGUCUCAAGUGAUGUAGCGUUUCCAAGAUGCUUAUGGAUAGUCUAGUUAUUUUUCAACAAUCUCAGAAAUUUAAGGUGAUGUGUUUCCAGGGUGUAUUUGGAUAGUCCAGUUUUAUUUUAUUGAAUUUAUUGUUAAAAACUUCAAAUCAAUUUCAAAAAAAGAUAAAAUAUUGUACAUUCAAAUUGAUUAGAUAGGCUAGUUCACAGUACACCAAGAAUAGGUACUAUUCUAUAAUUAAUAUCCCAAUAAUGUUGUCAAAAUCUUCAAAAAAGAGAGAAUAUUGAACAUCCAUAUUGAUUAGAUGGGCUAGUUCACGGUCUACCUAGAAUUGGAAGGCUACUAUUCUAUUUAUUCUGAUAAAACUUGAAAACAAUUACAAAGAAGAUGAAAAUUGUGCAUUCACAUUGAUUAGAUAGGCUACUUGACGGUCUGCCUAGAAUAUUUACAUUAUUUUUCAUUUUAUGUAUUCUUUUUUACAAUGAAGCACAGAUUGGGAGAAACUAAGAAUACCUUAUACUAUUUCUCUCCCAAAUUUAGGUAACAUUGAAAGUCCUGAUGAGGUUACGUCUUCUAGAUUUCUACAAAAUUUUCAGUCCAAAAAUAUUUAUACAAAGCAUUCUUUUGAAUUUAGAUGUUCCAAAUACCAGAAUAAUAAUAAUUUAUAACACUCAGUUAUUUUUUAAAAAUAGAGAAUAUUCACUAAUACUAUUCUAAUAAUGUUGAAAAAUAUUAAUAAUAUUUAGUUUGAUCAAAUUAAAAUAAUGAAGGCGGAUUCCCACAUAUGAGUAUCAGUGAAUUUGUUGAGACAGUGAGAAUAUUAUUCCCAUAAGUUUUAAUGGGAACUAUUCAUACUAUUCAUACUUUCUCGACCGGGCUGAGUAUGAAUACUCUAAUUAGAACUCCUGGGAAUUAUAUUUUCACGGAUAUGUGAGAAUCCGUCUGCAAAAGAGAUGAGAUUGCAAAAAAAUGAACCGUCUGUCGAAUAUAAACUAUCCACUAGACUAGUGGAUUAUGUCGAAUAGAAACUAUUUUAUCAACUAGAAUAGUGAAUUAUCUAGUUGAUAAGCUACUCAGGUACACUAUCUACUAUCCUGUUUAUUAGACUAGUGGAUAGCUAGCCCUAUACAACUAUUAUCCUUAAUAAUAGAACUAGAAUAUCUAUGAGCAUCUUGUAAACGUGGCAUUCCUCUCAAUUAAAUACCUGGUUAAGGAUGAGCUAAUUCUAAAAGAAUUGUAAAAUUUGCAAGUUAUUUGAUUGCAUUGUCAUUUGAAACACCUUAAAUUUGCAAGCAAUUUAGAUAUUGCAGUUUCUAACUCAUUUAAUAAAAAUAGUGCUAAUAGUGCUAGUACUUUCUUAUAUUACUAUAAACUAAAAAAUAACAGCAAUUUCAAAUCUAAGAGUAACUAUUGCAGUGUCGUAAUUAUUAUUUGACAAAUAUUAUUCCCAGAGCAAUAAACAAAGCUAAAAAAUUAGAAUUUGAUAAGUGUAAUGACAAAUUAAAUUGCCCAUUUAAAUGCCUUUGUAUUACAAAUUGAAAC